GGAAUUACAAAAUCGAAGGGGGUGGAGUGAGAUACUAGGGGCAUAAAAGCAUCGGCAAGCGCACCGCACAGCACUGUUCAUCCAGAGGCAGGACAAAGCAAAGAUGAGUGCCCUGGGAGCUGCCGUUGCCCUCCUGCUCUGGGGCCAGCUUUUCGCAGUGGGCACUGGCAAUAACAACACAGAUAACGCAGAUGACAGCUGCCCAAAGCCCCCCGAGAUUGCAAAUGGCUAUGUGGAGCACUCAGUUCGCUAUCAGUGUAAGACCUACUACAGACUGCGCACUGAUGGAGACGGAGUGUACACCUUGAACAGUGAGAAGCAGUGGAAAAAUCAGGCUAUUGGAGAGAAACUUCCUGAAUGUGAAGCAGUGUGCGGAAAGCCCAAGAACCCCGUGAAUCAGGUCCAACGGAUCCUGGGUGGAUCGCUGGAUGCCAAAGGCAGCUUUCCCUGGCAGGCUAAGAUGGUCUCGCACCAUAACCUCACCUCGGGGGCCACAUUGAUCAGUGAACAAUGGCUGCUGACCACGGCUAAAAAUCUCUUCCUGGGUCAUGAAGAUGGUGCAAAAGCAAAAGACAUUGCUCCUACCCUAAGACUCUAUGUGGGGAAAAAUCAGCAGGUGGAGAUUGAGAAGGUGGUUCUCCACCCUGACUACUCCAAGAUCGACAUUGGGCUUAUUAAACUCAAGCAGAAGGUGCCCGUUGGUGAGACAGUAAUGCCCAUCUGCCUGCCUUCAAAAGAUUAUGCCGAAGUGGGGCGUGUGGGUUACGUGUCUGGCUGGGGGCGAAAUACCAACUUUAAUUUUACUGAGUUCCUCAAGUACGUCAUGCUUGCUGUGGCUGACCAAGACAAAUGUGUACAACAUUAUGAAAAAAGCACGGUGCCCGAGAAGAAAGAACCAAAGAGCCCUGUAGGGGUGCAGCCCAUACUGAAUGAACACACCUUCUGUGUCGGUCUGUCCAAGUACGAGGAAGACACCUGCUAUGGGGAUGCUGGCAGUGCCUUUGCUGUUCACGACCUGAAUGACGACACUUGGUAUGCGGCUGGGAUCCUGAGCUUUGAUAAGAGCUGUAGUGUGGCUGAGUAUGGUGUGUAUGUGAAGGUGCCCUCCAUCCUGGACUGGGUUCAGAAAACCAUAGCCAACAACUAAUGCAAGGCUGGCUGGAAGCCCUUGCCUGAGCAAGAUUUCACUCUGGGAGAAGGCAAACUAGAUGGGAGUGGAGGGGCUACAACAUGGUGUGAAACUGAUGGAUUCCAGCCCUGCAUGGCUGAGUCAAUCAAUAAAGAACUUUCUUCAGACUCA